AUGGCGGACAUGUCACCUACCCCCUCAGAGAUCUUCGACGCAGAGCAGAGCCGAAAUGUCGACCAGGCCAUCGCUGUCAUCAAUGGCACCAUGCGUCAAGUGAUUGAAUGGGACGGCAGUGUCGUCAAGGAGGUUCUUGAGCUGAAGCAGGAGAAGCGUGCUCUCCGGCGCACCGCGGCAGAUCAGCAGCGUGAGCGGCUCGACCUGGCUUACAAUCGAGAAGACCCGGACGCACGUGUCUAUGGCUGGCUGAAUGAGGUCCCCCGCAGCCCCCUCGAGGCCCUCAGCGUGGCUUCUUCGCAGUGUGACCGUGUCGAAGCCACUUCUAUGAGCCAGGCUGUCGACAAGGACGCUCAUGCCCACAGUCUUGGCAUGGCCAAGAAUGAACAGGCUGUCAAGGCAUCGUCAGAGCACGACAACCACAACGCACAGAAGAACGACAAGCCGUCUCCAAAUGUCCAGCUCGCCCUACUCGUCGAGCCCCAGGCAGUUGGUGCCAGUAUCGAUGGCGCUGUCCAAGGCCGCAGCGCACAGCACACACUCAACGACAAUAACACGGCCCAGGCCGCUCCGGGUACCAAGCAUGACAUCAAGCACCCAGCCUUUGAUCAUGCCCAGCUUGAAGCUGGCUCGCCAUCAAUCGAACCUGCCAAUGGCACAACAAGCAAGGUCCAGCACCCUAUCAACCAGAGCUCAGUCGACCCCAUUGACAGUAAGACCACUGGCGACGCCAUCCUGAAGAAGGAGGACAAAAGUCCCGCACCUGCACCUGUCCACAAGGCUCUGAGCUCUGUCGAGCGGAAGCCCAUCUCGCCAAUGUCCCCGCACUCGGGUCCCUUCCCUCUGGAGGCAGAUCUCGAAAACAUCCGCCGCUACAACAGAGCGAUGGAUCGACUGAACGCAGGCCCAGCAGAGGCUGGUCCGAGUCGUCUCGAGCAAGAGCAGAACAGCGCUGCAGCAUGUCUCACUGGCAACAAGGAGGCUCGCGCAGCUCAGGCUGAUCUCGCGACUAACGCACUGCCAGCAAACAAUGCCGCUGUGGGCGAGAUCCCAGAUCUCGACGUUUCGGCUGUCCACCCUCCCGAGGAACUAUUUCCUCCCGCACAAGCUGAGACCACACACAGCCACCUCGACAACAACGUCCAUGGUCAAGCUUCACUCGGAUCCCAGGCCCCAACGGAGUUCAUCCCCAACGCCAUCCCUCCCGAAGAGUACCGCUCCACUCUCCAUGCCAUCCGUGCCGGUAUCCGCGGACGUCGGGACUUCCAGGAGACCCUUACCACGGCCAUGGUGGCUCACCGCAACAUCAGUGUCGACCGCAUCGCGCGGUACAGGGAAUACAAGCGGAACCUCAUCGUGCCUUAUAGCUUGAGUGAGGAGGAACACGAGGAUCUCAGCCGUUUCGUCUGGUUCAUGGAGACCGUUGACUACUUCCAGGCUACGCAGCGGAUGCGUGACCUCGCAUAUUCUGCGUCCAUGGGCAUGCUGUGGACAUACAAGAUGCAUCCAUACAGCGCCGAGGCCUGGCUUGACGGUGGGGAGCGCCCGUCUCCCGAGGUCUUCCCCGGCGACUUUGUCCUGCUGGCCGAUCUGUCGGCCAAGAAGCGGCGCUGA